AUAUAUAUCAUCUUGCAAUCUAAGCACAGUUCCAAGAUCCUUGAUGUCUCUUAAAAAUAUUCAAAUGUUAGACCUUUCAAGCAACAAAAUUCAAGGGCCAGUACCUGAGUGGUUGUGGAAGACAUGGAGCCAUAGCCUCACCUACAUGAAUCUUUCACACAACAAUUUUUCAAGUUUGGACCUUUCCUCCCAUUUUCUCCCUAACAAACAGUUGCAAACUCUUGACCUUAGCUUCAAUAAUCUCCAUGGAAAAAUCCCUGUCCCAGGCCACCCAAUAGAUCGACAACUCCUGGAUUACUCAAAUAACGUUUUCUCAUCAAUCCCAGAGAACUUUUCAUAUCUUACCCAGACUGUGUAUCUUAGCUUUGCAAGAAACAGACUAAGUGGACAGCUUCCAGAUACCAUUUGCAAAGCAAGAAUGCUUGAAGUUCUUGACUUGUCAUAUAAUAAUUUUAGUGGAAAGAUACCACCUUGCCUUAUAGAAGAUGUCCACUUGAGUAUAUUAAAUUUAAGGGAGAACAGCUUUGAGGGAACACUGUCUUUUGUCAUAAAAGAUCGGUGCACUCUUCAGACAAUUGAUUUGAAUGGAAAUAAAAUUGAAGGACCACUGCCAGGGUUACUCUCAAACUGCAAUGAGCUGGAGGUUAUUGAUUUUGGAAACAAUCAUAUAAGUGAUAAAUUCCCAUCUUGGCUUGGAAAGCUUUCCAGUCUGCGUGUCCUUGUUUUGAGAUCCAACCAAUUCUAUGGAUCCAUAUGUGAGAUCAUUGAUCUUGCCUCAAAUAACUUAUCAGGCGUUCUGUGCCCAAAAUGGUUUGAUGGAUUGACAGUAAUGAUGACCAAACAUGAUACAGAUAAAGUUGUCAGGGGUGAACAUCUGUCCAGAGGAUCCUACCAAAAUAUUGUUUUAAUUGCCUACAAAGGGAUGUGCAUGGCAUUUGAGAAGAUAUGGACCACCUUAACAGUGAUAGAUUUUUCAAAUAAUUAUUUCCACGGCAGAAUUCCUGACGAGAUAGGAAAGCUUGUUUCAUUGCAUGUACUGAACUUGUCUCAGAAUGGUUUUGAUGGAAAAAUUCCUAACCAAAUUGGAGGAAUGACAGAUCUGGAAUCGCUAGACCUAUCUUCAAACCAGCUUUCUGGUGAGAUUCCACAAGAACUGACGAAUCUCACCUUUCUUGGCGCCUUGAACUUGAGCAGCAACCAAUUGGUUGGCAGAAUACCAGAAUCGCACCAAUUCGGAACGUUUCAGAACAGUUCCUUUAGAGGUAAUGAAGGAUUGUGUGGUGUACCUAUGCUAAAACAAUGCAAAAGCUCAGAUGCUCCAAGUGAACCAAAUGGGAGUAAGCCAUCUAAGAAAAUUGAUUUUAUCUUAUAUCUAUUUUCUGGUGCUGGCUUUGGCAUCGGAUUUGCCGCAACUAUCUCGAUAAACUGGGUUCAUAUUAGCAAGAGGUGUAAAAUUGUAAAGACUUAACAAAGCAUAAGGAAUCCUGAAAAGUACUGUCUUGUUUCCAAAUAACAUGUACAACAAAAGGGAUUCCAGAGAAGCAAUGGUUUGUAUGCUAUUUCUAAAUUUGCUAUUUGACAACUUUCAGUAAGGCCUCAGGUCUGCAUACACUUUAGGCACUUUCUUCGCCAGUGUAUUUCUCAAUGUUACAGUGUACAUUUUUGUUGUGUGUUACAGUAUUGUCAAUAUUCAUUCCCAAGAAUCUGUUUGUCUUUACUCAUAGAGAAAUCAUGAAUGGUCUCCCAAUCAAAAGAAUGGUAAAAUUGGAUUUUGAAUAGCACUAAAAAAAUUGCUCCCAAGUCCAAGUAAUAGCAUUGAAUAAUAUGACCUCAGCACGUUCUACAUCAUGGCAUUGUAUAAUUCUCAUUGGAUUUCUGAAGAAGUCCAUCUUCCAUAACAAACUAGGCUACUCUGAGGUCCCUUUAUGGAUCCACUCUAGCCUGGGAAGAUAUGCAUCAAUAAUUUUUGGGAAGUCAAACAGGAACUAUUCGACUAAUUGUGUACGAAGUACAAAAGCCAUGUAUUACCAUUUGAUGCCCUAUUUGGGAAAAAUUUCCUUAUAGGGAUUCAAGUGUUUCCUAUGAAAUUCUUGUGAUCCACAAUAUGUUGAGUCUACUACAUUAAUAACUUCUCUUUCGAAAAUUAAGAUAAUUUAUAUUAACUAAACAAAAUAAAUGAAAAAA